UCCAGAAGGGGAGGACAUCGCAGAGGACUUGUUGAAAAAGUUGAUUCACAGAAAACUUUUGGGACCAACACUACAAGUCCAAGAUAUGAAUCCCUCAGGGUUGCCACUUCGGGAAUUGCCACCUGGAAACACAGCCUCGCUGUUCUUGAUGUAUUUGGCCUGGUGCAGAGAUUUCAAAGUGCACGCAUCUCUUUGCAGCCAACUACUUGAACACUACAGGUCCCAAUACGCAGACCGCCUUGUUUACUGGGCAGCACGGGAGCGGAGUGCAAAUGAGGGUGACAUGCUAACUGUGAUUUGCGAUUCGUUUGAUCGGUCAAAACUUCAGCUGCCAAUGUGGCCUCUGAAUCGCACCCCAAAGAGGACUGUGUACGAGACCCUUCAACGAUCCUUGUUGGCCCUAUGUUUUUAA